GUGCCUGGCCUUUCUUCACAUCGUUUCUCUCCCAGUUGCCCAGUGGGACAGUUGGGUCUCGGCACCUCAAGCGGCUCCAUCAAAACCACAAGACAAGCGAACAGUCAACCAGCCAUGAGCAAGUCCUACUCCUCCUCAGCCCAGAGUGCCUCCUCAUACCGCCGCACCUUUGGCUCUGGUGUCGGAUCAUCCCCAAUGUCCUCCCUCUUCUCCUCUGUCGGAGGUGGCCGCAGCUCUGCUUCAGCCCACAUGUCUUCCCGAGUCUAUGAGGUCAAAAGCACCAGCCUUCCCUCCUAUUCCAGCUACCGGGUGUCCUCUGGUCCUGGGGGAGCAGGGUUCGGGUCCUCUACAGCCGUGCGCACUUAUUCCGGAGAGAAGCUCGACUUCAACCUGGCUGAUGCCAUGAACCAAGACUUCCUCAACACAAGGACCAAUGAGAAGGCCGAGCUCCAGCACCUCAACGACCGCUUUGCCAGCUACAUCGAGAAGGUGCGCUUCUUGGAGCAGCAGAAUGCAGCACUGACGGUGGAGAUUGAGAAGCUGAGGGGCCGCGAGGGGCCCGGGCGCGUGGCUGAGAUGUAUGAGGAGGAAAUGAGGGAGCUGAGGAGGCAAAUAGAGGCCCUCUCCAACCAACGUGCCCGCGUGGAGGUGGAGAGAGACAACCUGGCUGAUGACCUGCAGAAGCUUAAGCUCAGACUUCAGGAGGAGAUUCACCAGAAGGAAGAGGCCGAGAACAACCUGUCUGCCUUCAGAGCCGAUGUUGACAAUGCAACUCUGGCCAGGCUGGACCUGGAGAGACGCAUUGAGAGUCUGCAAGAGGAGAUCGCCUUCCUCAAGAAGAUCCAUGAAGAGGAGAUCCGUGAGCUGCAGAACCAGAUGCAGGAGACACAGGUGCAGAUCCAGAUGGACAUGUCUAAGCCCGACCUGACUGCUGCUCUGAGGGACAUCCGCAUGCAGUAUGAGAGCAUCGCUGCCAAGAACAUUUCAGAGGCUGAAGAAUGGUACAAGUCUAAGGUGUCUGAUCUGAACCAGGCUGUGAAUAAGAACAAUGAUGCACUGCGUCAGGCCAAGCAGGAGAGCAUGGAGUACAGGCACCAGAUCCAGUCCUACACCUGUGAGAUUGACUCACUCAAGGGCACUAAUGAGUCUCUGCUGCGCCAGAUGAGAGAUAUGGAGGAUCGCAUGGGCCGCGAGGCUGCCGGUUACCAGGAUACUAUCGCACGGCUGGAGGCAGACAUUGCUAAGAUGAAGGACGAUAUGGCUCGUCACCUGAGAGAGUACCAGGAUCUGCUCAAUGUGAAGAUGGCCCUCGAUAUUGAAAUCGCCACCUACCGCAAGCUGCUGGAGGGAGAGGAGAGCAGGAUCACCACCACUGUGCCUGUCCAGUCUGCUUAUUCCUCCAUUGGAUUCAGAGAGACCAGUCCCGAGUCCCAGCAUCAGCGCUCGUCAGAGGUUCACUCCAAGAAGACUGUUCUCAUCAAGACCAUUGAGACACGCGAUGGAGAGAUGAAGUAUUCUAUGAGCCAGGGUGCUAGCACUCAGUCUGUUGUCAGCGAGUCCACACAGCACCAGGAAGACAUCAUGUAAACCGGAUGAGGCAACCUUAGAAAUACUACAUAUAGAGUAAUUAAUUUUUAAAAAAAAAAUUUGAAAUGUGUCCAGUUUACUACAAACGUCACAACAGGACAGGAGGUACAAUGCACAGCCUUUAGCCUGGUUUUAAAAUAAAAGUCAUUCCAGGAAUUCUGCUUUAUUCGUGUCACUUGCCUUCUCCCGGAAAACAUUUGAAUUUGUCAUAUCUUGUCUGCAAAAAUAACUCAAUCGCAAGAGUACAGUUUCAUAUUGAUAACAAGGCUUAGUGUAGCUGCAUUGGCCCAGUGCCCACAGUCUGCGAGCUGCAAGACAGAUCAAUGAGCCUGAAACACCAGGAGCAAAACUGCACAUAUUCCAAGUCUUUCUGUACAAAAGUAGGUGUAUAUGACGUGAUGAAGAAGGGCUUUAAUUUGUGCAACUGAUUUGAGGAAAAGUGAGAUGUUGGUUGUAGGUUUGAGAAAUGUCAGACACUCAGAUGAAAGAGGAACUCAGUCAUGUUUGAAGUUUGAGCUCAAUAGCAUUUGCUCUGUGUUUGAUGACCGGUGUGGGUGACCACCUUAUGCCGCUUCACUGUGACAAAGAUCUCCAAUAAAGACAUUUGUUAUCACUA